AUGUCCCAAUCCCUCCGCCCCUACCUGCAAUGCGUGCGGAGUAGUCUGACGGCCGCCCUCUGCUUGAACAACUUCGCAUCCCAGACCUCCGAACGUCACAAUGUCCCCGAGAUCGAGGCCCAGACCUCCCCGGAGGUCCUGCUGAACCCCCUGGUCGUCUCGCGAAACGAGAACGAGCGUGUCCUCAUCGAGCCCAGCGUCAACAGCGUGCGCAUAAGCAUCAAGAUCAAGCAGGCAGACGAGAUCGAGAACAUCCUCGGCUACGACAUUUCGUUCCUCAUCACCAACUUCCACACCGAGGAGAUGUUGAAGCACAAGCUAGUAGACUUCAUCAUCCAGUUUAUGGAAGAGGUCGACAAGGAGAUCUCCGAGAUGAAGCUAUUUUUGAAUGCGAGAGCACGUUUCGUGGCCGAGUCCUUCCUCACACCGUUUGAUUAA